UUUCGUGAAAUCUGUGUGAGGCGGCGAAGGGAGAAGAGCGAGCGAGAGGAUUUCGGAAAUCAGAUGGCGUGGUGGAAAAAGGCAUCGACGGGAUUCGGUGGCGAGGGCGAUGGCAGUGCUGAGGAAAGGAGUUGUUCGAAUAGGAGGAUUGUGAAGUCGAGCUGCAGGACGGAGGAGGUGGAGCCGGGAAGGUUCGUAAGGAAAUGCGAGAAGACGGAGCAGCUUCUUCGUCAGUGCGCCGGGAGACCUGCAGAAGUCGUGGAAUCAAAAACCGAGCACACCGAAGAUGAUAUCUCCAAUGACGUUAAGCAAGGCUUUCUUCCUCCAUUUGAGUCAAACGGCUCUGAACCCUUCUCUUUUCCAGGUCUUCGUAAUGAUCUGGAAUCAAUCGAACGAGAGUUUAUUGGUGGCUUCAGCACCUUCAUGGAAGCUACAGAGAAGGUGGCAAACGAGUUCUUCAACUCCUUUGGCGUUCCUUCCAUACAAAGUAGCCGGCCGCCGCUCGAUCACCGGCGAACCCCUGCGCAUUGGCAACAUGAGAGCAGAUCAUCUAAGGAGAUGAAAGAUCAUUAUGGUGAUUUAGAUGUGGAGAUUAGAGAAGUUUGAGAAUCUUUGCUCCUGUCUCGGCAGAUCUUGCAUUUCUAGUUCACAGCUAAGUAAUCAGACCAUCUGAAAUCAUCUUAUUAUUUCAGUUUUUUUUUUUUAAUAACAUAUGUAGCUAUAGUACCAUAUGGAAGUUGUAUAAAAUGAAGCCUAAUAGUUUAAUGUUGGCAGAUUAAUUCAGAAGGAUAGCCUUAGCCUUUUCUAGAUCAGAAUUUCUUAAUGUGUGGAGUUUAAUUAAAAUGAAGCUUAAUUGUGAUAGACCUUUCAUGGUGUGAUCACCAUUGGAAUA